AUGGAGAAGGCGUUAGAUAAACAGAUGCACGACGCUCUGCAUGUAUCUGGAGCCUCUGGGAUUAUCUGUGUAGACAAUAGUGGACUUUGCUUAGGAGCUAAAGGGACUAUUCCACAACAGUGCAGUGGUUCAUUGUAUUCACUAGUCAGUCAAGCUGCGGAGUUAUCACAAAGUCCUAACGUGGUUAACCCGGUCAUUUGCCUGGAAGCAGAAAAUGGGUCAGUUUUCGUGAAAAAAACAGAUCGCUUAACUACUGCCGUCUUCAAGUCCAGCUGA